AUGUCGGAGUCGCAGUCCUCCGCGGCCCACUCCUACUCUUCUGCGGGCGUGUCAGAAUCCGAGGCCGGAUCGGAGCAUGGGGAUGCGCUCAACGCGCUGCAGGACGGCGGCGGGGAUGAGGACAUUACGGACCUGCUGGAGGGCAACAGGGGCCUGAGGGAAGCGAUGUUCCGCGUGGUCUUCAACACCGGGUUCUCGUGGGCCAUCCAGCGCGACAACUGGGCGUUCAAGGCCAUUCGGCCCCUGCUGUUCAGGCUGCUGAUUAUACCCCUCGGCUACAAGUCUUACGUGACGGCUGUGUACGUCAUCUCAGCGCUCAUCGUGCUGAGCCUGGCGCUGGCGGUGUGGCUGGUGGGGUCCCUGCAGAUGCUGACGCUGGUCAUGUGGUCCAUUGCUUGGGUCUCCAUUAUGGACUACCUGAUCUUCAUGGCAAACUGCCAGUGGACCCACGGACUGGCGGCGCGCAACGUGGCUCACGCGGUCUUCACGGACCAAAACUGCCUGGCCAUGCCCCACCUGGUGCACAUGGUGGUGGCGGGCCUCGUAGCACUGCUGCUCGGCGCCGUGGUCAUGCUGAUGGCUGUGGGCGAGUGCGACCUCAACCCCUUGACGAGGUCGCUGCUGGCUGCGCCAGAUGGCACCACCGCUUCCCGGGUGGUGGCCCUCAAGAUGGUGAUGGUGAUACUUUCCACUGUCAUCACCUUCAGCCCCACCAACCAGUGCGUCAUCAUGGUCAUCUGCGCGGGGCUCAUUACGCUGCAGCUGCUCUCGUCGGUGCCUUACUACUGUGACUGGAUCAAUCUCGCUUGGGUUGGGCUGUGGUGCGGCAUAGUCUACACAUGCGUGCUACUGAACAUCAUAGAGCUGAAAGGCCUGGCCGGCACACCCGCAGCCCACACACUCACCUGGGCGGUGCUCUGGGGCAUCUUCCCGUCGGUGCUGCUGGGCGCGGCCGCCAGCGCGGCGCGGCUGCAGUGGCUGCGGCGCCCUCUGGCGCGGCUCCACGAGGCGCAGGCGGAUCCUGAGUCGCUGCGGGACCCGAAGCAUGUGUACCUCUUCAGCAGCCCCUGGGAGGUGGAGAUCCUGUCGCGGUCCAUGCGGCGGUGGGACUGGGACGGCGUGCCAGUCCCAGAGGCGACAGAAUUUGGGGAGUUUGUGCUCAUGUGUGGGAUGGCGCGCCACCCCGGCAACUCGGCGCUGCUCAUCUCCUAUGCAAACUUCUUCAUAGAGGCGCGUCACGACGCCCAGAAUGCGCGCACCCAGCUCCAGCUGGCGACAAAGGCCGGGUUGGGGCCGAUGGAGGAGCUGUUCCACUUCAAAACGCAGGUCGGUUUUGGGUGA